AUGUCGGAGAUCGCACAAGCAGCAGCGAGCGACGCCAAGGACAGCCAUGAGAUGCCGAUGGACCUGGGAGGAGGCAAGGAGGAAGCAGACUUCAAGAGCGAUCUGAAGCAGGCAUGGCCGCAUGAUAGAGAUGAAGAGAAGAACGGAACGAGAAGAACUUUCUGGGAGAAGCUUUCAUUGCACUCUCCUUUUGGGAACAAGAAGAUUGACCCAGCCGUGCGAGACUCGAGAGAGAUCGUAGUGACCACCAGCAAGCAAGGAGAUGACCUCCACGAGGAAACCUCUCACGCAAACAGUGGCCGACUGGCCAUCCUGUGGAAUCAUCCGCAGACGUCGGCGAGCAAGGAUGAUCGCCCGAGCAUGAGGUCCCUCCAGGCGCGAGUGCAUAGGAUGCAGCUGAUGGUGAUGGUCAUCGCGAUGCUGGGGCUGCUGAUGGGGAUCUCCAUCAACGAGUACUGCUGGUUGGGAUACAUCCCCACCCCUGCCGAGGAGAAGGGCUCUUGCUCCGAUGCUUCCUUCCUCAACCAAGGCAACUGCACCAGCGCCGGCUACCUGUGGAGCGCGGGUAUCCCCAACCCUGUGACGGGGCCAGGAGGGCAGCGAUGUAGAGGGCAAGACAGCGGGGGGGCGGCGUUGAAGGCGUUCUGUACUAUCUUCACCUGCCUGCUCGUCAUGGCCAUCUUCAGGAUGUACGAGACGAUCGCAACGGAGAUUUGUUUCCGCAAUCACUUGGAGUAUCAUCGAGAGUUCGCUGACAUUCCGUUCUGGAACCUCGGGUUGUUCUACGAGUUCUUCCUCGAAGUGAUUUUCUGUAUUGUACACCCAGCGCCAGGCAUCGGCUUCAACAUCACCAUUCAAGCGAGAGGGAGAGAUAGCGUGUAUAACAUUGAAUCUGUUCUUGUUGCUGUGAUGUUCCUUCGAAUGUACACGGUAUGGAGAUACUUCAGAACAUGGAUGUUCCUGCGCUACUCAGCCAAAAACUUCGCAAGCCGAAUGACGGAGGUUGUGAUGGAUUCCAAGCUUGCGGUCAAGGCCAUUCUAUCGGACGUGCCCUUCGAGACUCUUGCCGGCUGCUUUGUGGUCUUGCUCUUCACGUUGGCCUAUCUCCUCCGCAUCGCCGAGGCUCCUGUCAACCUGGAACAAGUGUACUACUGGAAUCAACUCUGGCUGAUCUUGGAGGCGAUGAUGUCUACAGGAUACGGCGACUUGUAUCCUAUCACGCACUUCGGAAGAGGAGUGUGCGUGUUUGCGAUGCUGGGAGGGAUAACCUUCACCGCUAUCCUCAUCACAGCAGUUGCCAGGAAGCUUGAGCUGAACACAUCUGAAUAUCGUCUCAUGACCUUCCUGGAGAGUGAGCAACACGAGAAGAGGGUCAAGCUUGCUGCUGCCAUUAGCAUUCAGUCCUGGUGGAGAAGAGCCAUUCAUCAUCCACGAACAUUACAGGUUUUCACAUGCACGGCUCUACGACAGUUCAAGAACAGAAAGAAAGCAUACAGGAAAUUCUUGGAGUCAACUCCUCACUUCGGGGCGUUCGUUGAGAACAUGAAGGAAGGAACAGAGCAAGUCAACAAGACGCUGCAAAAGAUCGAAAAAGCUGUCAGCAUCCCCAACCUCAAUCUUGGCAGGGUCGGGGGCGCACCGAGUGAAGCCGCAAAGGGAAACGCUGGUGGAAACGUGGGAGCAAAUCCCAUGUCGAACAAAGCGUUCGAAGAGCUGCUGCAUGAGAUCGUGCAGUUGAGACAAGCCAACAAGCAGAUCCUGGAAAAAGUGGAGAAGGGGGACAUCCACAUAGCAGGCGCCAUGCCCUCUCAUCAGUCUCAAGUAGCGAGUGCAGUCGUCAAUUCCUUGCGCGCUCCUCCCUCUAUCGCAAGCACUGCCAGGAGCCAUCACAACGACCCUGUCGUGAUCGCCAGCCAGGCUGUGGAGGAAAGGAUGCGACGGCUGGAGAACCAGGUUACCAACUUUGACAAGGGGAUGGCUCUUUGCCUCGGGCAGAUCGUCAGGCUGCUGCAAGGGUUGUACUGA